AUGUGCUGCAACUACUACGGAAACUCCUGUGGAGGCUGUGGAUACAGCUCUGGCUAUGGAUAUGGCUCUGGCUGUGGAUACAGACCUGGCUGUCUAUAUGGCUCAAGACAUGGCUUUGGCUGUGGCUAUGGCUCUGGCUAUGGCUCUGGCUGUAGUUACAGCUCCAGCUGUGGAUAUGGCUCAAGAUACGGUUCUGGCUGUGGCUAUAGCUCAAGAUAUGGUUCUGGAUGUGGCAAUGGCUGUGGCUAUGGCUCAAGAUAUGGUUCUGGCUCUGGCUAUGGCUGUGGCUAUGGUUCCAGGUAUGGCUGUGGGUAUGGCUCUGGCUACUGUAGCUAUGGACCAUCUUGUUACAGAAAAUGCUAUUCUUCUUGCUAG